GCCUCGCUCAUGCCGCCAUUUCCUCAAAACCAAGCCGGGAACACGCGAACACACGAGAAUCACUUGUUUGAUCGAUUUCUGACAGUCAUAAAAGAUGGGUGAUAAGAUUGAUAUGAGUUUAGAUGAUAUCAUCAAGUCUACCAAGGGUUCGAAAAGAGGUGGAGGUCGUGGAGCGCGGAGAGGAGGUGGCCGAACGUCAAAUCGAGGGGGUAACCGGGGUGGACGACGCCAAAGUGGAGGAGGUCGUGGUAGUGGUGGAGGAGGUGUCUUCAGGGGUGGUGUACAACGCAGGGGGCGAGCAGGAGGCAAUAGAAACAACUAUUCAAGACCAAAGGAACUGCCAGAUGUGUGGCAGCAUGACAUGUAUGAUGGUGCACCGACUUUUAAGAGAACGCUGGGAGGUACUGGUGCCCAAGGGUCACAAGGAAAACUACACAUAUCAAAUCUCGACUUUGGAGUAAAUGAUUCUGAUAUACAGGAAUUAUUUGCCGAGUUCGGCAAUCUGAAGAAAGCAGCUGUACAUUAUGACAGAUCGGGCCGGUCCCUUGGUACAGCAGAGGUUAUUUUUGAGAGAAGAGCAGAUGCAGCCAAAGCCAUGAAACAAUACAACAAUGUGCCCUUAGAUGGGCGGCAGAUGAGUAUCCAGUUAAUAGGAGCAUCGGAAGCAAGCGCAGUGCCCAUGGCCAACAGAAUCAAUAUGAGUCAAAGGACUGGUGGAGGAGGUGCUCAGAGGAGCAGAGGAAGUGGCAGAUCUUUUGGUGGUGGACGUGGAAGGGGAGGUAACCGAGGAGGAAGAGGUGGACGAGGAGGUGGUCGGGAGAACAAGAAGACACCAACAGCUGCAGAACUUGAUGCUGAACUUGAUGCUUACAACUCAAAGAUGGAAACAGAUUGAAUGCACGUCCAAAGUGACAUGGGGUAAUGAGUCUUAUGCAAGUUCUAAGACAAGGACAAGAAAAGCAUAUACAUUAUGGUAGCAUUCAUAAUUGAAGAAUAUGUAAAUCAACAUCUGACUGUUUGAAUAAAAGGACAAGGCCGCCUCUUGAAACCAGGACUGGUUAUUACAAUUCAUACAGAUCAAAGACUUCAUGUGUAUCAUUUCGUCCUGAUGGAUCCCCCAAUAUGUAGACUCCACAAAUUGUAUUUUUCUAAAAUGCCAGAAUCUACAGGAUGGGAAUGAAUUGAAUGCUCCUGCCUCAUACAUUUUACAGAUUUUAGAGGAAUGAUUGGGGAGUGGAUCAGUGUUAGAAUGGAUCGUGUAGAUGUGUGCAAGUUGUGUAUGUAUGCUGUUUGUUAUUUUAUGUAGUGUUUAUUUCGUUUCUCAUUGUAACAGUGUCAUAGUAUCUGCAGAGUAUCAUUUAUCACAGUGAAAAUAAUAUUUUUAUCAUUCUCAUUGGCACAUAUUUAUACAUGUGAUUAAAUGAUUUGAACAGUUGUUCUGAGUUGAGUGAUGCAUUUACAACCACUGGAUGCUGGAUAUGUAAGCCAACGGCAACCAUUGUUGUAAUAAAUUACAACAGAUUUAAUAGCAUAAUAGAAAAGUUGAAUUUGAGGCUAUACCAGAUUACACCAGACCAGACAGUCAUUUAUAGGAUCUUUUAUGACUCUCCUGUUUUAAUUUCUGUUUCAGUAUUAAUUCAUAAAAAUAUAUUUCUCAGCAAUUAAAUUUUUUUUUUUUUUUUUUUUUUUUGUGUGGAAGAGCAAGUGCAACAAGUUUAUGUAAAUAGUGUUGGUAUGUUUCCUAGAACCGGAUCAUAGAUAAUAUAUAUUUUUUUCAAAAUUGAAAAACAUGACUUGAAACUAUGUUAAUUGACAAAGUUUUUAUCGGUUCUAAAAAUCAUGUUUUCUGUAUCGCUGAUUAUGAGUCUCGGUUUUGAUUACCAUUCAAGGUUUUAUAUUAGUUUUAAACAAAGAUAUAAAGAAUUUGUCUGCUAUCCUUUCCUCUACUGCUGUUUUACCUGUUUUUAAAAAUGGCCAGUUUCCACAAUAGUAAGCACUCAUCUGUGUACCUGAAUGUCAAUUGAAUCGGUUGAACUAAUAUAGAGUUCUGACUGAAACCAAUUUGGGACAUCAUGGUUUAUCACAACAUUGAAACCAGUUUCGGACAUCAUGGUUUAUCACAAUACAGUCUGAACAGCAUUGUCUGUUCCAUUAUCAUAAAUAUUAAUUUGAAAUUGUGUAUAUGUACAUUUUUAAAAGUGCCAGAUAUACAAGAGACGAGUUGGAGAUGAAACCUUGCCAUUGUUGAGAACAUUUAUUCUGACAUGAUGGUUUAAAAAAAAUGUGACAUUUGAUAGUUUUUAUUUGGCAGUUUUCUUGUUUUCUAGUCCUUUGGCAAGGUGUUUGUAGGAAUUUGAUGUUGUCGUGAUCUCUUUCUAUGCUGGACUCUGUUCCUUUUUUUAUCUGUGUCUAAAUCUAUAAAAAAAAAAAAAACAUUGGAUGUUUUCAGUGACUGUCCAUUGGUUGUCAUUUUGGACAGAUAGAUGUAGUUAACUACCUACUGAUGACUUCAAUUGUCAAUUAACUAAGUUGUAUUAAAAUGAUAUUCAAAAUAUUAGUUUGCUCAUUAUGUUAAGUAAAAUCACUGAAUUAGUUUUGCUUAUUAAAGAUCAUACUUGGUACUUAUAAUUAACUAAAUAUCAAAUUUGUGUAAAUGUGUUUUAAGCAAGAUGUCCAGUCUAGGCAGUUGUCCAUUAUUGACAGAGUCCAAGCUAUACAAAGAUACUGCAACAACUGUUGGUAAAUUUGCUUAUGUAUCAUACUGAAGUGUCAAAUGUUCGUAGAAAUAUCAAAUGAAGUUGAAAAAUACAAAAUAGUUAUCUCAA